ACGUGAAGUUUGUGGGGCUGUAUACAAUCUAGAUAGAUGUUUGCCAAGUUUCUUUUAUUCUAAAUUUUUAUAUCAACAGUGUAAUGUUUCGUUAACAAUUUAUUUGCAGCUUAUAUAAUAUUAUGUUUGCUAUCAUUAUGUAAUAGUAAGGAAUAUUAAGAGUGGAAAUAAAAUGGCUAGCCAGGCAAGAGGUUUGCAACUUUUGGAUAAGAUAGAAAACCACGACAUAGAAGGUGUAAAGCAAAUACUUAGUCGCGAUACAGACCUUAAAGUAGAUCGGAAAGGAGACACCCCAAUUCAUCUCGCUGCAAGGAAAGGCUAUUUUGAUAUUAUAGAAAUACUUAUCAAGAAAGGAUGCAAUGUCAAUCAGAAAAACCAGAAUGGUUUUGCCGCCCUCCAUUAUGCAGCCAGGGAUGGACGGAUGGAUAUUGUCAAUUUCCUGUUGAAAUCUGGCGCAGAUCCAAAUAUUAAAAACAAGGACGGUGAUGCUCCAAUUCACGAACUGGUCAAGUAUCAACCGAUGGACACCAUUGAAGAAAUGAUCACGCUUGGGAUGAACGUCAAUUUGCAGAACAAGCUCGGCCGUACACCAUUACAUAUUGCUGUAGCCAAUGGAAGAUUUGACGCAGUGGAAACCCUGCUAACCUGUGGUGCCAGGAGCGACAUAAAAGAUAAAAACGGCCGUACCCCUGCUGACAGUUGCAAAGAUCCACAACUUGUCAAAAUGAUGAACCUACACUCUCUUACUAUGGAGGCCAUGAAGAAAGGAAUUAUCAUGGCACAAGGGAUAUCAGUGUCCAAGAAGAAUGUCAAGAAUAGAAUUAACCUUGCACGUGUUGGCGUUGUCCUAGAAACAAUAUCUAUGACCACUGAUAUAACGGCAUCGUUCUAUUGCCGACGAGAAAAGUCUGAGAACAGUUCGUGUUCGAUCUCCACAGAAAAGGGAGACGAAAUGGUCAGUGACGUAUUUUUCAUAAAGAUCACAAAUGUGCCAAGAAUUUGUGACGUCACAUUGACUCUGCCAAUAUACGGGUUACCGACGGAACAAGAAGAAUUGUUCGCCCGGUUUGACUCUGGUACUACUUUACCUGUAUUGAGAGUACAGAAAACUGGAGGGGAAAAGACAUGCACGUUUGAUACAAAACUUACCCCUGAUACUUUCUCAAUCUUUGCAUUAUUCACAAGAGCAAAGACUGAUGUUAAAAACGUCGGACAGGAAGGAGGGGUGAUUACAACAGAUGCUGGUGAAGGAAUGCGUCUAGAAAUCCCUCCGGAUACAUUUACAAAGGAAGCAAAUAUUUCACUUAAAGUAUUUCCGACAGAAAAUGAGACAACGGAGACUGACGUCACUAUGCUCACUGACGUCUACAACAUCACGUCAGAUGUUUCUGACAAUCAAAACAGCAUGAAAUUGAGGUUACCGAUGCACAACUGUGUUAAUCUUGAUGCCGCAGACGACAUGCUUUUAAUUACAGCAGACGACAUUACUGAUGAUAGCGAUGAAAAUUGUCUUCAAGUGAUUGACACAAAACCUACAGUGGGGAACAUGUCAAUUGAAUAUGAGAUCCCUCAUUUUAGCAUCCAUGUAGUGGUAUCACAAAUGCAGUUCAAGGAAAAUAAAAAGAGCAUAUUUGACAGACUUGUCAGCGCCACGGAGAGACAAAGAACUGCAGUGUUCUUUGCUGUUGUUAGACACGAAAAUAACAAAAUGUGUCCGAUGAUAUCAGUAGAAUGUUGCCUAGCAAAACAGGCGCCAAAAAGGAUAGAAAAAUGGGUCUCCAAAGGCUAUGUUACCCAGGAUUUGGAGCAAUCUGGAAGUUUCCUUUUCAAACCUUACCAAGAAUUUCUGGUAUAUCUUGACGGUGUUAAAACGGAGGACAGUACUGGGAAAAGAAAGCUUGCGUUUCUCCCCAGACGACCUAGCUUCCAGCCAUAUAGAAUCCAACUGGAGACAAACACAGAGAGUUUUGUUGAAGGAAGUGUCAUGAUACACAAAUGUUUCAACGAUGACAAAGAUGUUUCACAGGACAACGAAGUUGUAACAGCUUUGCCUUUCUUCAUCAAACUGAAAGAGGAAAAUGCAAAUAGUGAAAUGGAUGAUCCAGCUUCAUCCGAUUUAACACAAGCAGUGACAGUGGCCAGUCAGAUUCAAGAAUGUCAGACUGGGGAAACAAAUCAACCUUCUGAUUCACCAAGCGAAGCAACCGAAAAAAAGGUACAGCAAGAUUUAGAAGUAGACGAUGAACGUGCCUCAUUGGAUGGCAUCGACGUUGAAACUGCUACAGGGAAACUAGAAAGUUCAGGUGAAUUUGCUACAAAGAAACUAGAAGUUCCAGGUGAAUUUGCUACAAAGAAACUAAAGCUUCCAGGUGAAUUUGCUACAAAGAAACUAGAAGUUCCAGGUGAACUCCAUACCAGCGACGGACAUAAAGAGCCAUGUGCUCUUGAUACCAUUAAGAGAACUGAGGAAGGAGAACAUUGUAGUAAACCUAAGGACAGUGAACAAAUGGAUACGUCAGAAAAGAAGAAACCUAAAGCUUGGAUACUUCCAGAUUAUUUAAACGAAUGAAGAAACAUUCAUAUAAUGUACUUAACAUGUGAAAGACAAUCGUGAAAAAAAUAUCAUUGGAUAUUGAUAUUCAUAUGUGCUCUCAAAACGGAACGAUAAAAUCCGUAUCUCACCGACAACACAUAUUGAUAUAUUUAUAUCAUGGUGAUUCCAUGGAAACUGACGAUGCUUUUUUGUAUAACAUCCAAAAAUACCUUCCUACUGGUCGCCAUUUUAUUUGUUAUUCAUUGUUGAUGUAAUGAGAUAUUAUUAAACCUCUUACAAUUUCUCCAUGUAAAGCUGUUAAAAAAAAUAUUUUUGAAUAGUUUUGAAUAGUUUUCUUUCUGCUUCUUUUCGUAUUUUUGUCAAUAUAAAUUAUAUGUAAAUAUAUUUUCUACGUAAUGGCGCCACAUUUAUCAAGGGAGCUAAAUAUUGUAAAGAUCGUGACAGAUCUUUAAGAUUGUUUCUUUAUAUGAAAUAUAAAGCACAGUUUGAUAUCAGUUUUAAUACAUGCACCCACAAACGUGUGUCUUUUGUAAACUUGUGAAUUUCAUCAGUUCACGUCAUAAAAUGAUGUUAACCUAUUACUCUCGGACAUUUUAAACUUCUAAUUCUGUCAUUUUGUCAUCCGUAUGGUAACUGUUAUACAAAAGUGUGUCUUCUAAAUUUUAUCAUUUGACGUCAAAAAAUAGUGUAAAGCUAUUACUUUCAGAUUCUUUGAACUUCAAAUUUUUAGUACAUUUUCAUCUGUACAAACAAGUUAUUUUCGUCAUAAGUAUAAAAAAAAGUUAUCUUAAGUAUCAAAAGUUAGCUUAAGUAUUUUGUGAAGGAAAACUUUUAGUCAUGUCAUUACCAAAAGGGUCUCCGCACAUUGCAUGAGCAUUGAAACCAUACAAAAUGGUACGAAUAGGAUUGACAGAGGUGAAAUAUGUGUCAGUCUAAAGAUAAUAUUAUAGAGGAUGAAUUUCAUAUAUAUGAUACGUGUAUAAGAAAACAUUACAUAGAUAAAUAUUACUAUGAAAACUAUGUAAACUUAUUCACCGGCUUUCAAUAUUUAACGAAAAUAAUGUUGACUGACUUUACUCGUUUAGUAAAGUGUGCUUUAAAGCUGAGCAUAACGUUUUGUAAGGAAUUGAAAAUAAAAAAUGUUUAUAUUCCAUGUAUUGCAAUGUAAGUUUAGGACAUAAAUGCAUGAUAAGAAGAUAUUGAUGUAUGUUUUAAACAUUCUUUUGUCAUAUGUACAAUUGAUAUUAUCAGUAAUGUAUAUAUUAUAUAUUUUACACAGUAAUAUAUGAUCAUGUCAGGUAAUUAAGGUGCGAAAUGCCCCAGUCAAAAGAUAAAAAAAUCGUGUUCUUUUCUGUUCUGUUAUAAACCAGUUUUAUAUACCUUGUGAAAAUGAAAGGAGUGAAUAUUAUAACAAACAUGUGGAUUUUCUGUCAAAUCAGCUCUUUGAUUAUCAUCUUUGCCGUAAAGCGUUUUCAUAUUGAGAGGCAAAACAAUCGGUUAAAAGCUUUCAUGAUUUUUACACGCUUUUAUGGAAGAUAUUAAUCAAUUAGUUUUGUUUUAACUCAUUUCUCUUUACAUAUCAACAGACGCUUCAACAUCAGUAUGUUAGCCGAUGCAACCAUUUGUCAUUCAGUUUCAUAUUUAACUGAAACGCCGGUUUCGUCACGCUUUGCUGCAUCAGUAAACCUCACGUGAUUGCUAGGUAUAUCAUGUGACCCAAAAUGGAGGCUUUGUAAACACUUUUAUUUGUUAUUAUUACAAAAUGUUCUUUUUUAAGUUAAUUUUUCACUUCUUUCUUUUUUUGGAAUUUAAUUGAAAUCAUAUAUAAUCUAAUAUUGCACAAAGUAUCAAAUUUCAAUCUGCUCUUUGACGGCAUAAUAUUACUUGUGGGGGACUGAUCAGGGGUAGUAACCGCUACUAGGAGUUUGUAAAUAUUUAACUUAGCGAUUUCUCCGUGCUUUACAAAUUGCAUAAAGAUUGUUUCAUAUAUAUCUUUUAUUUUCAUUUUAUUUUGUGUAUAUAUUAAAUGCAUGCUUUUACAUUUGUAAUAUUCUGUAUAAACAUUUUGUUUA